AUGGCAGCAGUAUUUUCUCACGUAGAAGCUGAUAUCGCAGACGAUUUACUAAAGAGGUUUCCUCAGGAAUUUGAUUUUGAUGCAAUGCUGAGAAAGGUUUGUGAAGAUGCUGGCGUCUCGAUUGUAGACAAGAGUGAUGCUAGGGGUAAUGCUUCAACGAAGUAUAGACUGCAGGGUUUGUGGUUGGCAAUGGAAAAAGCUUACAAACACCUUGUAACUACUUUAGCACUUUAUGGAACACGCUUGCCGGAUGUGUUUUCUGAACAAAACAAGCCCAGAAUUGAUGAAAACGGAUAUGAGGCAGGUGAUGGUAUGAAUGAUGAUGAGACCGACAAAGAUUAUCACCCCACUGUAAGAAAUAUUUUGAACGAUAUAUUUGGGGAUGGCAGAAGGGUCAGACGGCCUAGAAAAUCGGCAUGGCAAAAUAAAAAAGUUGAUGAUCAGGAUGAAAUUAAUUUUGAGGAGGAAGAAAAUGAUGAGGAUUCUUUAGCAGAGCAGCCUGAACCUCUUGUUGCAACUGCAGAACCAGAAGCAAAAAAGGAUGUAGAAAAUGUGGAGAAUGAAGAUGGAGAAACUCAAAUGGUGAAUGGCAGUGAGAACAACUCAGGUACAGCAGAAGUAGAAAAUGCCAAGCAUUCUAAAAGGGGACGGCCUAGAAAAAAUAAAUCUCCAUUCCAUUUGCAUGUUAAGAAGAUAGUGAAGAAACGAGGGCCGUACAAAAAUCGGCGGGUGGUCAUCCCUGUUAAAUCAGCGAGUCCAAAUGAGCUGCUGACCUCUCGCAGGAGAGGACGACCAAAAGUGUGUGACGAUGAGGGAAGGUCAGACUUUCCUUGCCCAGAUUGCAGUUUCGUCGCCAAAAAGCAUGCGACGCUGCGGAGUCAUCGAUUACGGAUGCAUUUAUCCUCACCCACUAAGUGUGAUGUAUGCAGCAAGGUGUUCCCAAAUAAACGAUACAUGUUGCGGCAUCGAGCCUCCCACGUGGCCCCUCAGCACUGCUGCGAUGUUUGUGGAAAGAUGUAUAAAAUUAGAAAAGCUAUGCUCGAGCAUCGCAAGACUCAUGAUACUACUUACAAAAAGACAAAAGUCAAAUGUGAACAUUGUCCAAAGGUGUUUUGCAAUCGCUAUAUUCUAGAGUGCCAUAUCAGGGAUGUUCAUAUGGGGCAAAAAAAAAGUUAUUUGUGUUCAACCUGCGGCAAAAGUUUUACUACAAAACAUUCACUUGCGGAACAUACCAACGCUCACACUGGAGUCAAGCCGCACACUUGCGAACAUUGCGGCAAGUCUUUCUCCUACGAGUCUGCCUUAAGAGACCACAGAUACACUCAUACUGAUGAUAAACACUUUUGGUGCAACCAUUGCCAGAAAGGUUUCAGUCAGCGUUCAGGACUUAAGAUGCACAUGAGAAUUCACAGGCAACAUAAAAUGUUUAUCUGUUCAGAAUGUGGUAGAGGAUUUACUCAGAAGCAGGCGCUGCAGCGUCAUGAGAGAGUACACAAGGGAGAGAAGCCAUUUGUCUGUAGACACUGCGGGAGGUUUUUUACUGAUGCCUCUAUCAUCCGGAGACACUUAAUCCUUGUGCACAAAAUACAUAAGGAUGCCAACAACUGGCGGGAGGAUAUAGUCUGUACCGUUAAAAAUCAGAGCGAGUACCAGGUACAGAAAAUCGAUGAAGAUGAUUCAGUCUCAGAAUCAGAAAAAGAAAAAGAAGAAAUUCUGAAAGCUGUCGGGGUACCAACUCGAAAUACAAAGGGACCAAGUCGAGCAUUUUGUAGAACUUAUCCUAGGAGAGUUGCACUUUUGGAUGAUGAAGGAAACAUUAUAGCACCACCUGAGAUGCCCCCAAGGCCACCCGUACAGCGAACAAAGAUACAUGAUGCUGGAUCGUUAAUAGGGCAGCCUAAAAACCUUGUAGGUACUGCAGCUACCAAUACAUCUUUAAUUCUUGUAGGUGAAAACAGUUCGGAUAUGGAUUCCAACUCACAGGUUCUCGGUCAGAGAUACGUUGAAGCUCCUCAGUGGGAUACUUUAACUGGGCAUCUGACCCGAGCCGCUACAACUCAUAUAGAACAUGUGAUCUUAGAUGAUACUGCGCAGCAUGAAAUCCAGCGAGGUAUUGAACAUGUUCAGAAUCUUCCUAAGAUUGUGAAAUAUGAAGCUUUACAACCAGAUACUGUGAUUUCUUCCAACAGCCACAGUAUCUUGUCUCAUGCACAGACCAGCCAGAGUCCUAGCUCCAGCCCUCUAUCCUUUGCUGUCCAGCCAGCGUCUCAUGCACGGGCUCUGGAAGCUUCAUUUGAAUCCCUAAAUCCUCAGGCAGCUCACUCAGGAAAUCAGUAUUAUGAUGGUAGAUCAGCAGGUCAUGCGGGUACUUCGUGGUCAUCCAUGUUUUAUUAUACACAGCUGGCUAGUCAGUUCGGCAUGAGCAUAAAUCCAGAAUACCCUUGUGUUGGAGGCACUUCUCCCAGUGUUACUUCCACCGGUCACCUCACUCAGUAUGCCACCCAUUUAACCUCCAAUCAUCAGUCAAGCCCCACCACUCUCAUUCUUCAGUCACAGCCUCAUAACAUCCAUCUCGACAGUUCUAAGCCAGAUGAGCAUAGGAACCAAUCUCAUCCUACCCAGAACACUUUGCAUUCUACUUCUGGGCUUACUCUCUCUGUGGCUGCCUCCCAUGGGCUGAAGCUAGAGAUGGCCACAGAUGCAGAGUCACUUCAUCAUGCAGACUUCCUGCCGCAUCACAGUCCUACACAUACUCUCAGCACUGCAGAUAGCCAUCAUGUGACCACCGUUGAACACCUGACCUCCACUCUUGGAGAUCCACAGGACAUGAUGGCUCGAUCGAUGGGUAUUCAGAUAACUGCUUCCAGACAAUCACCUCCUGACAUUCCAUCUCGAAACUCCAUGAUGCACAGCCUUAAACACAAAUAA